AUGGGUCGCAUGCACUCCAACGGAAAGGGAAUUUCUUCCUCAGCUCUCCCAUACUCCCGCGCUCCUCCUUCAUGGCUAAAGACCACCCCAGAGCAAGUUGUUGACCAAAUUUGCAAACUUGCGAAGAAGGGUGCCGCUCCUUCCCAAAUCGGUGUUGUCUUGAGAGAUUCUCACGGUAUUGCUCAAGUCAAGGUUGUUACUGGUAACAAGAUUCUUAGAAUCCUCAAGUCCAACGGCCUCGCCCCUGAGAUUCCAGAGGACCUUUACAUGUUGAUCAAGAAGGCCGUCGCUGUCCGCAAGCACCUUGAGCGUAACCGCAAGGACAAGGACUCUAAGUUCCGUUUGAUUCUCAUCGAAUCCCGUAUCCACCGUCUCUCCCGUUACUACAAGACCGUCGGUGUUCUCCCACCAACCUGGAGAUACGAGAGUGCCACUGCCAGCACCAUGGUCGCAUAA